AUGGGGUCCAUCAGCCAUGUCCAGAAAACUCUGUUACGCAUUACCGAUGAUAUAGCUGCCAAUCAUCCUGACCAGCUGUAUUGUGUUCAAUCAAUCUCGCCCGAUAUAUCGCAGGGGUGGAAAGAUAUUACCUUUUCAGGUCUAAGAAAUGCCACCAAUCGCCUGGCCCUUUGGAUUCAAGAGAAUGUGGCACCUUCCAGCGAGCCAGAAACCCUGGCCUAUGUUGCUACUAAUGAUGUUCGCUAUGUGGCAUUUAUCCUAGCGUGUAUGAGAUUGCGGCACACCGCAUUGCUCCUAUCGCCUAGAAACUCUGAGCAAGCAUCCCGUCACGUAAUGAAUGCGACCAGCUGUACAAAGAUUGUCUAUACCCCAGAACGAAGCCGCCAGAUUAGCGAUCUGAAGGCUGUUGAUAAAGCCUUGAAAUCUUACGAAGCCCCUGAUCUGUGGGAGGUAUUUGAUGACAGCUCACCAGCCCUUCCCAUCGAGGAGCCGGCUGAAGAUACCGAAGAUCGAGUGGCAAUCUACAUCCAUAGUUCGGGAACGACAGGAAUGCCCAAGCCGGUUCCAAUGACCAACGGCUAUCUCAUUGCCAUAUCCGGACUUGGCUUCCUUCCAGUGCCAGAGAACAGGGCGCCUAGUAUGCACUUCCCUGCCAUGCAAGGCUCCCUUGGCCUUGCUAUGAGCCCCUUCUUUCAUCUCAUGGGCAUCAUAUACAUAACAGCGCCGAUUUUCUUCUCUACUCCAUUUGUUCUGAGUCCGGAUAAGCCCAUGACAGCAGAGCUAUUGGCCCAAAUCAUCGAAGAAAAGAAGCCUUCCACGGCAAUAUUUGCUCCAUCCAUCUUGGAAGAACUUGUCGGGUCCGAUUUGGGUGUCAAGUGUUUGCAAAGUUUUGACUUGAUUUCAUUUGGAGGUGCACCUUUGGCCUCUGAAGUGGGAAACCGCAUCACAGAGUGGACACACCUGCAGACAGUACUGGGAUCGAGCGAAUGUGGACUCCUUGGAGGCUUGAGAACAGCGGACAAGAAAGACUGGGCGUACUUUGAAUGGAAUCCAAACGCAGGGCUAGAAAUGCGCGACGCCGGAGAUGGCUUUUUUGAGCUUGUCAUCCCCCGUGCAGAGAGUCGCGAUGCCCAAUGCAUCUUUCACACCUAUCCUGAAAAGCAAGAGUAUCACACCGGCGACCUCUUUGUCCCUCACCCAAAGAAAGACCAUCUGUGGCUCUACAGUGGUCGUAAAGAUGAUAUUAUCGUUCUUAGCAAUGGAGAGAAAUUCAACCCCACUGCGAUGGAGGAUACUAUCAUUGAACAUCCCCUAGUUGCUCGAGCUGUCGUGAUUGGACAAGGUCGCUUUCAGUCUUCAGUUUUGGUGGAGCCCCUUUGGGACUCAUGGAAUGGUGACGCGAAUGAAUUGAUCAAUGAAAUCUGGCCUACUGUCAAGAAGGCCAAUGAGUCUGCUCCGGGGCAUGCACAAUUGAUGAAGAAUCGCGUUGGAGUUUCGAUCCCUUCAAAGCCAUUCCAGCUCACCCCCAAAGGGACCAUCAAGCGACGGGCUGUUCUGACUGAUUAUGAAGAAGAAAUCAACAAGCUUUACGCCGGUGGUGACCAAGCUGAUGUUGCACAGCUUUCCAAGGAGGCUACACGGCCAGAUAUUGCUGUAUAUAUUACAGCAGCUCUGUCGGAGAUCUUGGAUGUUCCCACUGUUGAUGAAAACGCAGACAUCUUUGCAUUGGGCCUCGAUUCCCUUCAGACUCUCCGUCUAGGGCAGAUCCUUCAAGCUUCGCUUCAGUCAGCACGGCCUGACCUAGGCGCCGCCUUUGGCAGCCCACAGCUUUACUCCCGACCGACAAUUGUUCAACUCACUGAAUACGUCUCUGGUCUGCUUCAAGGUCAAGACUCGGGGUCUGCAGAAGUUGUUGAAGAAAGUGAGAGCGAUCGAGAGUCAAGAAUUGCGGACCUGGUUGGAAAAUAUACUGAUGACCUCGGAGAAAGUCAUGCAGUCAUUCUCACGGGGUCUACUGGGUCUCUUGGGGCCUAUCUCCUGUCCGAGCUUCUUCGAGAUCUCAGUGUUACCAAGAUCUAUUGCCUGAACCGAUCUGCAGAUGCAGCCGCAAGGCAAUUAUCGAGCCUUCAAGAAAAGGGCCUCGUCUCCUUCAAACAAUUCCCACGUCGGGUGGAGUUCCUCCAGGCUCAAUUCGGGGCUGAAAGGCUCGGAUUGGAAGAUUCUAAAUAUGAAGAGCUUUUGCAGAGCGUUGACACAAUCAUUCACAAUGCGUGGAAGGUCAACUUCAAUCACCGAGUCGAAGCCUUUGAGCAAACCCACAUCGAGGGAGUACGUCGGUUAGUCGAGUUUAGCAUUGCCAGCGAGCGGACCGCCCAUAUCCAUUUCAUUUCUUCCAUUUCUACUAUCGAAGGGUACAGUCCUGAGCGAGGCCCUUCUAUUCCGGAGGUCAUUUACAAUGAUCCCAGCUCAGUUCUUCGCCAGGGAUAUGGAGAGUCAAAACAUGUGUCCGAGAGAAUCUGUGCCGCUGCCUCUGCCAGAGUUGGCGUCCCUACGAGUAUUCACCGAGUUGGACAGAUCGGUGGCCCAACAACCGAGAAGGGAAUGUGGAAUAAGCAAGAAUGGCUACCGUCGUUAGUCGCAACAUCCAAAACCUUGAAACAGAUUCCCAAGUCCUUGGGCUCCAUUACCGUGCAGUGGGUCCCAGUAGAUGUCACUGCCAAGGUUAUUGCCGAGACAGUUCGAACCCGGCGAAUUACACAAGAGGAUGAGCCGUGUGCUGCUUUCCACAUCGUCAAUCCCAAGGUCACACAAUGGCCAUCUUUGAUCCCGGCCGUGACGAAAUUCUUCGAUGUUGAGCCCGUGGAUUUCAGAACCUGGAUUCAAUCCUUGGAAAGCUUCACCAGUCCAACCCAAGAUGAUCUCAAAGACAAGCCUGCUCUCAAAAUCUUGGACUUCUUCCAGGGCGUUGCAGCGAUCGAGGAGGCUGGCCCAUGGACUGAAACAACGAAGACACAGGCUGCCAGUAGGACUUUGCGAGAGCUGAAGGCGAUCGAUGCUCCGUUGAUGGAGAACUGGAUGAAUCAGUGGAAGUUUUGA